CUGAAAUAAUAUGGCAGAAGCCUUACUUGGAGUUGUGUUUGAGAAUUUGUUAUCUCUGGUUCAAAAUGAAAUUGCAACCACUUUUGGAAUUAAGUCAAAGGUCGAAAAGCUAUCAACCACCUUGGAUCUGAUCAAGGCUGUUCUUGAAGAUGCUGAGCAUAAACAAGUCACAGAUCGCUCUAACAAGGUAUGGCUUCAACAACUCAAAGAUGUUGUUUAUGUGCUAGAUGAUAUUCUUGAUGAGUGCUCAAUCGAGUCUGGUCGGCUUAGAGGCUCAUCCUAUUUCAAACCAAAGAACAUCAUAUUUCGCCGUGAGAUCGGCCAAAGGUUGGAAGAGAUUACAAGGAGAUUUGAUGAAUGGCGCCAAACCAGCUCCUUUAUUGCUGAACCAAAGGUGUUUGGACGGGAAGAUGAUACAAAGAAGAUUGUUGAGUUUCUGCUCACCCAAGCAAGGGAUUGUGAAAUCCUUUCAGUCUAUCCCAUAGUUGGGUUAGGUGGUAUUGGUAAAACAACUCUAGCUCAAUUGGUCUACAAUGAUGUUAGGGUGAGUAGCAAUUUUAAUACAAAAAUUUGGAUUUGUGUUUCUGAUGCUUUCUCAAUCAAGAGGAUUUUGUGUUCCAUCAUAGAAUCUAUAAUAGGUGGAAAGUGUGAUGCCUUGGAUUUAGAUGUAUUACUAAGAAAGGUGAAAGAACUAUUGAAAGGUAAAAGAUAUUUUCUGGUUUUGGACGAUGUGUGGAACAAAAUGCAACAAUUAGCAUUCGGAUUAAGCCAAGAGAAAUGGAAUACGUUGAAAUCAGUGUUUAUGUGUGGAUCCAAAGGUAGUUCCAUUUUAGUGUCCACUCGUGAUGAGGUUGUUGCGGCAAUCAUGGGAACAUGUCAAGCUUAUCCUUUAUAUGGUCUCUCUGAUAAUGAAUGUUGGUUGUUGUUCAAACAAUAUGCAUUUGGAAAUGACAAAGAAGAGCGCGAGGAACUUGUCCCAAUAGGCAAGGAUAUAGUAAAGAAUGUAUGUAUUUAGAGAAUGCAAACAUGAUUAUUUUGUCAAAAAGCACACACCACAUAUGUUUUCACUCUGAUGACUCGCUAUCACUCAAUGAGGAUGCCUUCAAAAAAGUUGAAUCCUUGCGAACAUUGUUUCAGUUAGAUCAUAACAGACCAAAACAUGACCACUUGCCAAGAAACCAUUCUCUUCGGGUUUUAUGCACAUCCUCUCUCCAGGUACCCUCACUAGAGAGUUUAAUUCAUUUAUGGUAUUUAGAACUUCGUUCUGCUUACAUAAACAUUUUACCGGACUGAAUUUGCAACUUACAAAAACUAGAAAUCUUGAAUGUAAAACAUAGU